UUGAUUGACACUUGAUUAUUUAAACGCCAAACCAACCGAUAAAAAUUUUCACAAGUCAGAUACAGAUAAUUCCUUUGAAAAAAUUUCCAUGAUCAAAAUUCAUACAUUUUGUUGGCAGUUCAUAAACCUAGCACUCUCAAUAGCAAGACACAACAAACGGAAUUUUUUCUUAGAGUUAUUGGAAUGUAUUCGCUGCUGCCGUUGAUCUACCGAAGGCAACAUUCCCGCCUGAAGACGCUUCAGUGGACAAUUCAGUCCAGUCAGAGCUUCUUCAAGAUGAGUUUCAAGGCACCAGCGAUGAAGGCAUCCCAGGCUUCUACUAUUAAAGAGUUGGCCAAAAAGCAAACUCAAUCGCAAACGCAAUCACAAUCUCAAAAUUCAGCACCACAGCAAUCUCAGCCACCUCAAGCAGCGGAAGUCAAGGUUAAGCCUUUGGGCUUAAGCAAUCUAAACUCGGGAAAACCCACCUCCGUUCAACCAAGUAUUCCUGAUCAGCGGGCCAAAUGGCUGGCCAAGGUUUCGCCGGCUAUGCAGAGAAAAGCUAAAUUGGCAGCUGACAAGGGUGCUCCACCUUCAGGUCCACCAAAAAACCAGUUCAAUCAAGGCAAUAAUCCCGCAUUUGGCGCGCCCAGUGAAAACUCCUCAACAAAUUUGGCUAAUACCAGCAGAAACCAAGCCUCUUGGCAGCAAAAUAGUGCAAAAAAACAGGAUAAUGAAGAUACAGGUUCCUUCAAGGAAGCCUCUUCCGAAUCGCAGCGUAAAAACUGGAUGAAUCGCAUGCAGGGAUCUCAGCAAAAGAAGCAGGAUCAGUGGUUAAAGGAGAUGCAGGCUAAAAUUCAGGCAGGCAAGGACAUGCAGGCUCAAAAAAUGCAAACACUGGGCCCCCAAAAAGUCACUUCUGCAACUCAAGAAGCCACCAAGGCAGCACCACCAUCACCAGCAGUUGAAGAAAAAGAGGAAAAAAGCCCUGAACAUUUGGCCUAUCUAGAUGCCAUUAAGCAACUGAAUAGCUAUCAGAUUUUGGAACCAAUUUCAGGAAGAGCUACAACGAAAAGCAGAAGAGCAGAAAAGGAUCCAGUGAUAGAGCAAACUUUGGAUUGCCUGGAAAAGACGGGAUUUACGAAAAAGCAACUGAAAGCCAUACCCGUCAUACAAAUAGCUGGUUCGAAAGGUAGAGGUUCAACCUGCGGCAUAGUCGAGAGUAUACUACGUUGUCAUGGGGUUAAAACAGGGGUACUCUGCUCACCACAUCUAUUUUUGACCAGCGAACGAAUAAGAAUCGAUGGCGAACCCCUCAGCGAUGUUCACUUCACGGAACUUUUUUGGAAAAUCAACACCGAUUUGGUCAAUAUGAAACCGCCGCCUUCUUACAACAAACUACUGACGGUGAUGGCUUUUCAUGCUUUCGAUCAACACAAAGUGGAGGUGGCCAUUCUGGAGGUGGGCAAUGCAGGUGCCAGUGAUGCCACCAAUAUAGCCUCUCAUGCCCAAACCAUUGGCAUAACCACUUUGGGCUGGGAACAGAGUUCGAAUUUGGGCAAUUCCCUGAGAGAUAUUGCCUGGGCCAAGGCGGCCAUAAUGAAGCCAGAGGCAAAUAUCUUUACAAACGUUAGCCAAACGGAGUGCUGCGAAGUCUUGGCCCAAAAGGCCAAGCAAAUUGGCGUACAACUGCAUAGAGUGCCCACAUUUAACGAGUACAUAGAGGGUGAUAUGAACAACAAGCUGCUGAUGAAUAAGGCCAAUUACUCGAUGAGAUUGAAUGGUUCCUUGGGCAUACAGCUGGCAUAUGAUUUUCUGAGAAGACAUAAACCCGAGUACGUGGUGGGCUUGGAUCAGAACUCCACCUUAUUGACUCCAGGUGCAAGUCGUGGCAUUGAGAAGUACGAACAGCCGGGGCAAUUUGAUUUUAUACGCCAUGACAUGUUCAAUGUCUACCUGGAUAGUGCCGAUACUUUCGAGUCCAUGAUGGCCUGUCGCGAUUGGUUCUACACCAGAACCCGCUCAAAUCGACAGCCGAAAAUCCUGCUCUUCAACAAGGUCAACGAGUUCAAUGCCAAGGAUCUGCUCACCAUCAUACGCAGUAAUUUGCGCUUCGAAGAGGCCUGUUUUGUGCCCAAUCCCAACUACUUUGAGGGCGAAAUCAUAGCCGAAGAUGAUGGCAAGGCCAUGGUGUGGCACGGCAUGGAGGAGCUGCAGAGGGCCAAGAGAAAUGCGGGAAAUUGGCGGGCCCUCUGCGAGGAAAAUGGCAAAAAGGAUAACUCACAGCUUUCCAUUUCGAUACAGGCCUUUUUUGAAUACCUAAUCAACAAGUAUGGAAAGCAAAAGUACGGAAUGAAGAGUGAACUGGAUGUUCUGGUCACCGGUUCGCGGCAAUUGGUGGCCGCCACCAUUUCGUGUCUCCGCAAAAUGAAAGCAUCGACAUCUUGGCAAUGAACAAACGGGAGACAGCGAAUUUUUCAACAUUUUUUUUACCUUAAAUUUCGUCGUGAAUGUUUUUGUUUAACUUUUUUUUUAGAAAUACAAUUCUUACAUAUGUGAAGAUAUUUUUUGGUUUGA